GCUAGCCAUACAUAAAAUAAGUUUUCAUAGUGAGAGCAAAACCUCAUGUCUAUUUUUUAAUGAAUCUUUCUCAUGUAGCGUUCAUGUUGGAUGGAAAUUUAACACAGGAUAUCAAUGCCUCUUGUUGUGGUGAAGCGCCAUCCUGUUACAUGAAGGUACUUUCUCUUACUGUAGAGUGUGCAGGCUUUGUGAGCUGUUAAGCUGGUGGCAGGUAAAAUGUGAUAGCUCAUGGAAUAAUACAAGUAUGAAUAUAUGUUAUUGAGGAUUUUGAAAGACCAUUUUCUAAACAUGCUUCAUAUUUCAACCUUUUUUCUGAAUCUCCAUUUCAGCAACAAGUUCAAAUCGAUAAGAAGCCAAAGAACAUGGGCACCUGCCCCAUCAAGUGUCGAUCCAACCUGCCCCUCCUUGAAAAUCCACCCGAACCUGUGGUAGAAGGCCUUCAGGAGACUUUGAUUGUAUCGCUCUAUAACUACCCGUCCUUUGGUCCCGCAGAGUUGACCAUGUGCAUUGGAGAAAUGCUCACCAUCGUAUCAGACGAUGGUGAUUUCAUGAUGGUGAGGUCCACAACCACAGGCCAUGAAAGCUACAUUCCCACCAACUACACAGCCACGGUCACACACAGGUGGUUGUACAAAGGUAUCAGCAGGAUCAAAGCUGUGGAGCUGCUGCUGCAGCCCAGUAACCAGAGUGGAGCCUUCCUGAUCCGAGAGUCAGAGACAGAGAGAGACUGUCACUCGCUGUCCAUGCUGAAGAGAGCCAACUCCUCGUACCUCGAUGGUGUGAAACACUACCGCAUCAGUCAGCUCCAAAACGGCUGGGUCUACAUAUCCCCAGGACUCUCCUUCCCCUCCCUGCAUCACCUUGUGGAACACUACUCAGAGUUUGCAGAUGGAUUGUGCUGUCGACUCACAUCGCCCUGCUCCAUCCAGGGUUUUGAUGACGGUAGAGAGGCCAGGCCUGUACCCACAACUAUCAGGAGGCCGACCAUCAACUGGAAGGACAUCAGCAGGUCCAUGAUCUUCAAGAGGAAGAGGACAGAGUCAGACAACUCUCUGGUGAGCGAGGGGCUGAGGGAGGCCAUCAGCUCUUACCUCCAAAUGACAGAAGGCAGCAAUCACAGCUGGGACACUUGAGGAGAGACGGUGGAUCGGUCUGAGAGAAUGAAGCCAGACAGAGACAAACGGUCAAGCACUGACCUGCCUCAUGUGCCCUUUGAGAAGGACAGUGGACAGGGUCGUCUGCACGCCCACAUGAGGUCAUUGCACACCAGCCUGUCGUGGUAGAAGGCACUACAAUGCUUGGAUCUGCAACAUGUUUGUCAUUAAAAGACAAAAAGAAAUUGGUUUUCAAAUGUUGAAUCUAUACAUUAAUGUAUAAUCUAACUUGUGCAUGCUGUUUGAAUGUGACAUAUUUUAAAUGUAUUUCAAUAUGAUUGUAAUCGUGGGUAUGUUAUUGGAAUC